UAAUAGUAAGCGGAGAAGGCUAGCACCGGCUGAUCCUAGAGGAACUUACCCUUGAACCGGCUAAAGGCAUGUGCUACGAGAGAAGGCGGGGAAGCUGGAGCCGAAAUCAUUUGUUGUUAAAUAUCCACCCCUUCUCCUUCGUGACGGAGUGGGGGUUGUCUCCAUCGAGUCCCCAUUGACUGUUUCCGCCAUGUGACUGGCGACGCCAUGUUUACCAGCCACGUGAGCACCACCUCGCCCUCUCUCCAGUACCUCUUUGCGGCGUUUUACGCACUCACAUUUUAUAAUGCUGCCGAGGUGGUGAUUCUCAUCUUCGUCACCUUCAAGCGCUACUCGGGCUGCUACUUCUGGUCCCUACUCGCCACUGCGUGCGGCCUGAUCCUGUCCACCGUCGGCAAUGUGGUCUACUUUUACAAGGACGAUCCCGGCCACAUCGCCCCAGUAUCCUUGGCUGUGCUGGGCUGGUGCGCCUUCAUCAACGGACAGGCAGUCGUCCUCUGGUCGAGGCUGCAUAUUCUACUUCAGAGCCGGCGCGCUCUUCUCUCGAUCCUGAUCCUCAUUGUGUUCAACGCAGUCACCCUCAGUCCGCCGACCAUCGUCCUCGCGAUUCUGGGCAACGGCCCCGGCUCGCAGUCUAUCGCCACGAAAACCUACCGCAUAUGGGAGGACAUCCAACUGGCCAUAUUCUCCGCGCAGGAGACGGUCAUAUCGAGCAUAUAUACGGUGCAGGUCUUCCGGCUGCUGGCCAUCUUCACAAACACUGCGAAGCGCAAGAUAAUCUACCAGCUGCUGGCCAUCAACGCGCUUAUUAUUGCCAUGGAUGUAAUUCUUCUUGGCGUGCAGUUCUCGGGCAAUCGCGACGUGCAGAUCCCGCUCAAGGGAUUCGUCUAUUCGUUGAAGUUGAAGAUUGAAUUUGCGGUUUUGGGCCGCUUGGUGGUUGUUGCUCGCUGCUCGUAUUCCGGUGACAGCCUGGGGGUUCCAGUUGACCGCAUUUCGACAGGAUCGGACUCUUGCGGGCUAGGGCAGGUUCAGUGAGAUGAGAUGGCUAUGCAGGGGGCAAUUCCCACCUGCCAGGUUCGAUGCGCGUGAGAUCACUAUACACUCUGCACGGAUGGUUUCAUAUUCCUCUGGUCGAAGAAAGGGUGGUGACAACAAAAACGGUUUACAACAAAUUAGGCGGUUGUUGCGUCACAUGUUCUCUGUCAAGCUCGGGUAUCACACGACGAUGAACCGGGGGGAGCGACCCAGGUACGUCUGGGCAUGGAGAAUGAUGAGCCACACUCCCAUUUUCGACUUUUUGGUAAGUGAAUGUGGAUGGUCCAAUUCCGCGAUGAGUUAUAUACCUGCAAGAAAAAUAGGAUCCAACGUCCUUCCCACAACUUUGCAUGUACGUAGCAGUCGAGAUACACAUAUAUACAUGUGUAGCCAGAGAGAGAGACGCAUGGAUAUAUGGACACACGUGACUAGUAUUCUGCGCGUACAGUACGAG